UACCAUACGACCAACCUGAGGUUAUGCCUUAGGAGAUCCGUCUCGUGAACCGAUGAGGCGAAACAGUAUUUGAGAUGACUUCCCAACCUUUGGUGUCGACAAAUUCGUCCAUCUCAUGUCGUCGAUAGUAGUUGUAGAAAAGAUCGUUGGAAUCCAUUUCUCGUCACUCUUAAAUGAAUAUGAAAGAGAUAGAGAGAGUGAAGAGUUAAGAAGAGUACGCAUCCAUUGCUCAUGCUCGUCGCCCCACCAUCUCUCGCCCAGAGCUAAGUUAGCACUUUUUUAUCCACAAAUAUAUAGUGGAGGCCAAUUGGCCCAAUCGUUAACUCCAUUCCUCUUCUUCUUCUUCAAUCCCUCUCUUAAAUAUCCAAAUUCAAAUAUCAGCGCUAAUUCCCUCGCUCCAUCAAAUUCUUCUAGCUAACUAAUGGAAAAUUCAACAAUAGAGUUGGAUCCAUCUCUCAAACUUGCUAUAGCGAUGGCCCUAGCUCAUUCCAGGCGCCGGCAGGGACUUCCUCCCUCCGCCACUACUACAUCUGCUCACCACGACGAUUCUCGAGCGAAAUCCGGUGACAAUUCCGAGGCUGAUGUGAUCAAAUGGAAAAAUAAGGCCAAACAGAGGAAAGGAGAAAUUCGUAAGCUGAAAGAAGAUCUGAAGAUUGCGGAAGAAGGGAUGCAACAUGAUCUAUUUCCCCAAAAUAAUUCGUGCAAAUGCUAUUUCUAUGAUAACUUGGGGCAGCUAAGUCCUAGUCACGGAUCCUACCAGGACAGGAUUAAUGAUGUGUUUCACCGUAGAUUUCUGAGACAAGUGAGAUUAGCUAAGAGGAAGAAGAGAAGACAUAAUGGCUUGUUGCUGCAACCUUAUAUAUCAGAUAGGGCUGUUGAAAAUGAAUUGGAGCAAUUGAAAGCUUCAGUUGAUUUUCUCGUGGAGCUUUGUGAGACUUCCUCUGCUACCGGAGCAGAGGAAUCUAAUUUCAAAAAUUGGUCGCACCAGGCUGCUGACUUUAUUCUUGCUGCAUUGAAGGAUUUGUCACUUGGUGAAAAGUUGGAUGAAACCACGAAAAGCAUUGUGAGUUGUUUGAUCAUGCGGCUGAUGCAAAUGAUGUGUAAUGGAUCACAAAAUGAUGAAUCAGUUCCCUAUAGUUUCAGGAUCUAUAUUCAGCAUUUGAUGCGAAAACUUGGAAGCGACCCUUAUAUCGGUCAACACAUUGUUCUUGCAGUUUCUCAGAGGAUUUCUAUGGCUUCAGAAAGUUUACUCUUUAUGGAUCCAUUUGACAAUGCCUUUCCGAAAAUGCAUAGUUCCAUUUAUCUAAUGAUUCAGCUAAUCGAGUUUCUGAUUUCAGACUACUUACUAUCUUGGUCAACUAGGAGAGACGUGGAUUCAAAGCUUCUGGAAGAUUGGGUGGUAUACGUUUUUCGUGCUGGAAAAGCUUUGGAGCUCUUGGAGAGUAGGAAUGCAGUAUACACACUAUACAUGGAUCGUGUGACUGGAGAGCUGACCAGACUUCUUGGUUGGGACCCCUUCCCGCAGAUGCUCAAACCAGACACUCUUGGUAGAUUGUUUGGUUGACUAGUAUGAAGAGAAUGAAACGUGCAAUCUCUCUCGUGAUAGUAGUAAUAUUGGUGGCAUCUGAUUUUCCUCUGCCGACGUCGACUGCUCAUGACAUGAUCUCUGUUGCCCCAUCUUUGCAACAGGAGAGCAAAGAGGCGUUGCCGCUGCUGCUGAGGUCGAGGAAGAUGGUUUUUGUAAACAAGAGGAGGGUUCGCGCCACCAUCCCACGUGGUGGCGCCCGUGGAAGUUCCACGUUUCGCGCCAGCCCGUCUUUUCUGCUUCAAAUUUGUUUUGUUCUCGUUUUCUCUAUGUUUUUUGCUCUCUUCUCUUUAUAGGAAGAUACUGGUUGUGACA